AUGAGCACCUUACAUAAACCGGGUUUACCUCAUUUCAGCUCUCGGACACGACGCUCCCAAGUGCCCAUGGAUCCCUCCCAAUUCCGCGACCAACCCAAGCCUGUCACAAUUGCAACGAGAAAUCACGAUUUGAAGACCUUCCGACACCUCCAGAAAACCAGCGUCGAACGGCCCGAGCCCUCACAGAUUCUGAAGAAGACUCAUGCCUCCCAAUGCCCGAGCCCCGACGAUGACGAAGACACAAGCGACAAGUUGAAUCAACCCUUCGUCAAGACUCUGCAUUCCACGACAACUAUCGAGAUCGACCCAUUCAACCCCCAGAGUCUUCGCCUAUCCUUAACAGUCGACUUGGACUCACACCGGCGCGAGUUUUGUCCCAGGAUACAAGCAUACUGCGAGAAUACAAUGGCAUCGUCACUGUCAAUGACCGAAUCUCCCCCAAAGCGCGCAAUAGAGGUCGACUUCCGAGAGUGGUGCGGGACCAUCGACGUGAAGACGGUCGAGGUGGAAGACAAAGAAGGUGUCGAAAACGACAAAGUACAACGAAUGUCUCGAGUGGGUCAUGUAGUCCAGGCACAUUCCCGUCUUCAAGAACCACUGCCCAGACGAGCCCGUGUUGUUGUUGGAGGUCCUGAUGAGGAGUAA